AUUCCAACUCAUUACGAUUAUUUUUUAGUCGUAAGGAUGCAAGGACGAUAUCCUUGCAUCCUUGUAUCAAUGUAUCAUUAUCAACACUACCUUAAGGUUCUCCAUGACUCAGAUGACAUUCAUUUUGAUUUCGUGAGAUCUCAACUCGAUGAAAAGAAUCCAACAAUACUCUGCCAUCUCCGAGACGUGCAGAAAUUCUUACUAUGGAAAGCAGAACAUUUCAGAGAAAAGACAAUUUGAGAAAAGACAAUUUUAUUAUUUAUCACCAAUUCAAUACACAAUCAAUCAAUAAAUAUAUAUCCGAAUAAAGUUGGUUAAACUUAAUCAGCACUGAAGUUCAGGGCUGUGAUUUAAGUGACAUUGCCCAGAGAAACCUAGAACACAUUUUGUUACUGCCCCAAAAGACUUAUAAGUACACCAAAGGAAUGAUACAGCAAUUCACAGAACUUCUUUGGCAAGAAAGUAUACAAAACCUACUGAUGACGGAAGGAUGGUCUGAAAUUCCAAGAGUCUCCUGCAGCCCCCUUCCUAUCCCCUUGGGAGUAAGCCGCGAGGUGGAAGUAUUGGUUAUGAGUCUCUUGUACAAGAACAAUCUACUGAACUCGUUUCUCUUCAGAGUUGACAGAGCAGGGGCCUCUCCGCUAUGCAUUUGUGGCUCAGAUGAGCAAACAGCACUGCACCUACUUUCAAGCUGUGAACUUGUUGACAUGGAUUUAAAAUGUCAAGCUAAACGCAUCAUCACCCUGUGAUAUUGUCAUAAUAUUAUGGCAAUAGCUUUUCUAUUUGAGCUGCUUAGUUCACAGAAAAGCAGAUAUAAUGGGCUGCUUUAUAUUGAUAUUUUGGAAACAGUUUGUUUCAGUAACCAUUGAGAACCAGUGCUCUUUGGUAACUGCAUCUUCAACCUCAGUUUCAUUUUGAAACGUCGAGUGACUGGUAAAGUCAAAUAUUUUGUUCUAUGAACAUUUAUUCUAGUAUUUUGAAGUGUAGUAAUUGUUAAUAUCUUUAAUUUUAUACUGAAUUAUUGAGGUUUUAUAACAUUUUAGCGGGUAUAAUUUGUUAUGUGGGUAUUUAAAAUUAGUCUGUUGGAAUUUAAAGUUUUUGAUCUUUACUAUUUAUUGUUAAUAAAAUGCUCAUUGUAGCCAGUUAUUUUAAGAUUUUCAUCAUCAUCAUCAUCAUCAUGUAUCAUUGUAUCCUAAUACAUGCAUUACAUUAGAUUGAACAUUAAGUCUACCUCGGUAUUAUUAUUAUAAUUAUAUUAUUAUAAAUUAUUAUCAACCAAUUUCUUGCAGCAACAACUCAUGUCUGUAACAAGAGAAUACAUCAAUGAUAAGAAUAUCGAGACACUGUUUGAGGAGCUAAUGAGGCUUGUGAUUAGUAACAAGCCUGAAAACCCCAUUCACUUCUUGAUUCAUACUUUGCAGGAUAAAGGAAACUCACUUUUACAAGGAAAAAAGAAAAAAGAGAUCUCCUCAGAUGGACCAAGAAGACAUCGACAAAGUACAAAAAAUAUAUCAUGUGAUGGGCAGGCACUUAACAUACGAAAGAGCUUAGAGAGAAUUCUUCCAAAGUCUGUUGACCCAAAACCUACGUUACUUUCCGAUAAAGAAGAACAGAGAAUAUCUAGUCUAAAUGUGACUCUACCCAAUACUUGCAACGAAGAGAAAUUGGAUGAAAACUGUAGCGACAUUGUUGUGUCCACAGAAUAUGUUCAAAAAGUGCAAAGCAUUUUUACCUUUGGUCGAGCGAAGGAUAGUCCAGCUGGAAAAGAAACAUCCAGCAGUAAGAAAAUGGAUAGAGAAAAUGAAGAAAAUAAAGGUACAAAAGAGGGCUCCGACAAAGAAAGUGUGGCUUCAAAAGGGGGCUCUGACAAGGAAAGUGUAGCUUCAAAAGGGGGCUCUGAUAAGGAAAGUGUAGCUUCAAAAGGGGGCUCUGAUAAGGAAAGUGUAGCUAAAAAAGGGGGCUCUGAUAAGGAGAGUGUAGCUAAAAAAGGGGGCUCUGAUAAGGAAAGUGCAACUUCAAACGGGGGCUCUGAUAAGGAAAGUGAAGCUUCAAAAGGGGGCUCUGAUAAGGAAAGUGUAGCUUCAAAAGGGGGCUCUGAUAAGGAAAGUGUAGCUUCAAAAGGGGGCUCUGAUAAGGAAAGUGUAGCUUCAAAAGGGGGCUCUGAUAAGGAAAGUGUAGCUAAAAAAGGGGGCUCUGAUAAGGAAAGUGCAACUUCAAACGGGGGCUCUGAUAAGGAAAGUGUAGCUUCAAAAGGGGGCUCUGAUAAGGAAAGUGAUGCUUCAAAAGGGGGCCCCGACAAGGAAAAUGAAGCUUCAAAAGGGGGCUCUGAUAAGGAAAGUGAAGCUAAAAAAGGGGGCUCAGACAAGAAAAAGGAAGACAAAAAUAGGGGCUCAGAUAAAGAAAAUAAAGCUACAAAUAGGGCUUCAGAUAAGGAAAAUGAAGGAAGAAAAGCCAAGUUUGAUAAAUGUGAGAAAUUCAAUGAAGUUGUAUCUGAGACAAACUCGGUUUUGGUUACAGCUAGUUGUGACUUGAGUGAAGUACCCUCCUGGUCUAACGGACUACUGGAAAUUGAAAGCUUGUACUGUGGGGAAGACGAAACAAUUACACAAACAGUGAACGAGAGUAAAGCUGUAAAAAGACUACAAAGUUCAGCACCUCCCCCAGCCGUUCUUACUAAACAGAUAAUAUACCGCCAGAGUGAAGAUUUGAUAUUGCGGGAGGAAGUGUUUAAGUCAGCAAAUACCACACCCUCUACAAACGCACGGCACAUUCGGGGAGACAGCCCGUGUAACACUAUCUUCUUUGAGGAGAGCGCAGAGGAUAUACCUUUUAUACAGCAACCAAGUCAACAAGUGUUACUGCUCCAAAUGCCACUAGAAAGACCGCCAAGGUUGCAAGACAAACCGAGGAAAUUACAAACACAGAGAUAUGCAGUUCUCUCGUCGCCCUCCGGAAACGGGGACGAUUUCUCCAUCAGUGAGUUAUCGGGAUCCCCCUGGACAUACGCUGAAUCAGUAAACUGACACAGUUCCCUCACACCACGUGUAGUGACGUCACACCACGUGUAGUGACGUCACUAAAAAAAGACUUGUCGAGUCUUUUUUUUUUAAUACUUUACCACAGUUUUUGGUUGAGUGACUUGAGUGACCAGUAAAUAGAAUGGUAUGAUUUUGAUUUUUGACUUUACGAGGAUAGACCGUUCGAUUACUUCUUUUAUUUCUUCAAUAUUUAAUAUCAUAUGACAAGAUGUACGAUCUUAGCUAUAUCUAGUAGUAGUAGUAGUAGUAUUUUGCAUGUUUUAUCAGAUUUAUUUUUGUAUUAGCUGUUGUUAAUAUUUUAGUUAAACUAACUGCCGUUUUAUGUUUAUGAAUGCUGCUUUUAUUUGUAAAAGUUUAAAUUAAAUUAGUUCCAGAA